AUGUUUAAAAAUACUUUUCAGUCCGGUUUCCUGUCCAUUCUUUACAGCAUAGGUAGUAAACCUUUGCAAAUUUGGGACAAAAAAGUUCGAAAUGGGCACAUAAAAAGGAUUACAGACAAUGAUAUUCAGAGCUUAGUGCUAGAAAUCGUUGGAACUAAUGUCAGCACCACCUACAUUACGUGCCCAGCGGAUCCGAAGAAGACUCUUGGUAUCAAACUUCCGUUUUUGGUUAUGAUUAUCAAGAAUCUCAAAAAAUACUUUACAUUUGAAGUUCAGGUUUUAGAUGACAAAAAUGUACGUAGAAGAUUCCGUGCAAGUAACUACCAAUCAACAACUAGAGUAAAGCCUUUCAUUUGUACAAUGCCAAUGCGAUUAGAUGAAGGUUGGAAUCAGAUUCAAUUCAAUCUUGCAGACUUUACAAGGAGGGCUUAUGGCACUAAUUAUGUUGAAACAUUGAGAGUACAAAUACAUGCAAAUUGCAGAAUAAGAAGGGUUUAUUUCUCUGAUAGAUUAUAUUCAGAAGAUGAGCUUCCGGCUGAGUUUAAACUAUUCCUACCCAUCCAAAAUAAGACAAAAACUGCAGUUGCUACU